UUGUUACUGUGGAAACUAGGAAACCAAUGAAAGAGAUUGACGAGUGUAGUAAACGAUUUGGUUAGCUGGGAAAGAUUAGCCAUAUUGCUAACCCAAACCGGUAUUACGUUACCUUAGCGGAGUAAAAGCGCAGGUUGCUGUGUGACUUAGUGGGUCUUUGCCAAAAAAUUCCCACAUGCUUUAAUACAGACUUGAACUGAAGUGCACUUACAUACACACACACACACACACACACACACACACACACACACACACACACACUUCUGCUGACCCACACUCUAGUCUUACACAAUUCAGUACUGCAUACGACCAACUUCCAACACAAACUGACACAUUCACAAACCAAUUCUAACCCUUCUCACUGCAACUUGAACCCAUAACACACAUAUCACCACACCCCUUCUCCCACCUCUUCUGCUCAACACGUCUGAAGCUACGCAGAACUUAUCUGAUCUUCCUGAAUUUUGACUCUGUGCAAGCCACAGCGAGGAACACCACCGCUCAGCAUGAUGGCCGCAGGAUAAAAACAUCAACGUUUUGGACACAUUAAUGUUAUUAUAAUGAUGAUUCAUGCUUCCUCCACAAUCAUUUGCAAUUCUUUGGAUCCAGAAGGGGCUGACCAUCAAAAAUGCUCGAUGAUUAAUCUUUCUGGAAAAUCUUUUGCUUCACUUACAUUGAAUGAUCAAGAUGAAAACCAUGAACAUUACAUGCUCUAUUAGUAUAUAAUAAUUGGUAGAGUUCUGGAAAAUAAUAGCAAUAAGUGGUAUACACUGUUAAAUAUACAAACCAUCCAGCAAAAUAAAUGGCUCCUCUGAAGUCAAACCACACUGUAAUGGGAGGAGAAGCAGAAAAGAGUGAGUCUGCUGGCCUUCUGGAGAAAAAGAAACCCAAGGAAGAAGAAGAUGAGAGUCAGAAGGAGGUGGAGGAGGAGGGUAGAGGUAUGCAGACCCCUUUGCAUCGCUGGGUGAUGCACGGAGCGGUGAUGUUCGGACGCGAGUUUUGCUACGCCAUGGAAACAGCUCUGGUGACGCCAGUGCUGCUGCAGAUAGGUCUUCCUGAGCAGUAUUACAGUUUAACCUGGUUCCUCAGUCCUAUCCUGGGUCUCGUCUUCACACCUGUGAUUGGUUCAGCCAGUGACCGAUGUACUCUGCGAUGGGGCCGGAGAAGACCAUUCAUUCUGGCCCUGUGUGUAGGUGUGCUGCUGGGAGUGGCGCUGUUUUUGAAUGGAUCAUUAAUAGGCCUUUCCAUUGGAGAUAGUCCCAGCAGCCAGCCAAUUGGCAUCGUCCUCACUGUAGUAGGUGUGGUGGUGCUGGACUUCUGCGCUGAUGCCUCGGAGGGACCAAUCAGAGCGUACCUUCUUGAUGUUGCUGACACAGAUGAGCAAGAUAUGGCCCUGAAUAUUCAUGCCUUCUCUGCUGGGCUCGGCGGGGCAGUUGGCUACAUGCUGGGUGGUCUCGAUUGGACUGGCACAGCUCUGGGCCAAGCAUUUCAAUCACAGGAACAAGUCCUCUUCCUGUUUGCAGGUGUCAUCUUUAUUAUCUCUGUUACACUGCACAUGUUCAGUAUCCCUGAGCAACCUUACGCUCCACCUAACCAGCUUAAAGUCACAGGAAGUGGAGAAUCUACCAGCCAGUUGUCUUUCAGGCCCGUUGGCCACAAGCUGCUUUUACUUGAUGUGAUUGCAGAGGAGGAUGCUUCUGCUCAAGCACCCUCACAAGAGGACAGCAUAUCAGAUUCUGAGAAAGGGGAAAUGGACUUCUUUGCUGUGGAGCGAGUGCGGAGUAAAAGUGAUUCAGUCUUAGCCAUGCCAGAUGCUACAAUUGAGUUGGAUUCUGACCUCGACCCAGAUGCACAACUUUUCCUGCCAGAGGUGCAUCACUUUCCACCCGAGACACAGGGAGAGCUAGAAGAUGUUUUCAAGCCCUCAGACCACUGCAUUGGGUCCUCAUCUCCUUCUGCUGGACCACCCGCCCUUUGUGAUGGGAUGAUGGUCUUAGAGCCUGAGCUUAAGGGUCCAACAAAUGGUCACCCUUCUCUCCAUCAUAUCAGUUCUUGCUCAGGGGAUGCACAGCAGAUCACAGCUGGCAAUGGUGUCAGGGCUGGCUUGUCCUCUUCUGACCACUCCAGUGCAAUAAAAGGCCAUGCCUCCACAAGGCCAGUGAACCACCCCUCAAACACCACAGCUCCAUCACGGCCACACCCACACACCUUCUACAGACAACCCUCCUUUACUUUCUCCUACUACGGACGAGUGGGAUCACAUCGCUAUCGAUUGCGACGGACAGCACCGUCGAGCCCUCGGCCAAUCACCACCUCCCGCAGUCUGAAUGAUCUGAGUGACCUCCAGCGGCCCGCAGAUAGGCGGGAGUUGCAACUGUCAGCCAGCAGUCUGUCAUCUGAGGGCUCCAGCGAGGGAGGAUCAGACAAGGGUACAACUGUUCGGCUGCUCUGGCUAUCCAUGUUGAAGAUGCCGAAGCAGCUGUGGACACUGUGCGUGUGUCACCUCCUCACAUGGUUCUCCAUCAUAGCUGAAGCUGUGUUUUACACCGAUUUCAUGGGGCAAGUCAUCUACCACGGAGACCCCACGGCUCCAGCCAAUUCAACAGAGCUACAAAACUAUCACAAAGGGGUACAGAUGGGCUGCUGGGGACUGGUGGUAUAUGCUGCUACUGCUGCUGUGUGCUCUGCAAUCCUUCAGAAGUACCUGGAUAAUUUUGAUCUGAGCAUUAAAGUUGUCUACAUUGUUGGAACUCUGGGAUUCUCAAUAGGAACCGCUGUCAUGGCAAUAUUCCCUAAUGUUUAUGUUGCCAUGGUGAUGAUCAGUGGCAUGGGAAUCAUCUCCAUGAGUAUCUCCUACUGUCCCUAUGCAUUGCUUGGGCAGUACCAUGAAAUCAAAGAGUACAUUCAUCACAGUCCAGCAAACACUAGAAGAGGCUUUGGUAUUGACUGCGCUAUCUUAUCCUGCCAGGUCUACAUCAGCCAGAUUUUGGUUGCGUCAGGUCUGGGUGCUGUGGUAGAAGCGGUCGGCAGUGUGCGUGUCAUUCCUGCAGUGGCCUCUGGGGGCUCCUUCCUUGGCUUCCUAACUGCCUGUUUCCUUGUCAUUUAUCCUGACGUUGAGCCCAGCAGCUCUGAGCAGGACCAGGGCUUGGUGGGUUUACCUGGAGAUUCAGACUCAAAUGGAGAAAGGACCAGUGACAUGAGGUUGGCCCUGUUGAACCUCACAGAUGGGGAUAGUUUAAAGAAGACAGAGAAUCACUCUGUUGCCUGAGCGUUAACAAAGAAAGAAUUGUUUAGGUUUAGCCUCACUAAGCCCAAGCUACAACAUGUAAGGACUAUACCAAAUGCAUCUGAUUUACUAAUUAGUAAAUCAGAUGCAUUUGAAUUAGUCUUUUUGAAGGAGGAAAGAUGACGAAAAAAAGGGGGAAACGUGACUGAAAGUUUACAUCCCAUCUACAGAAAUCUGGGUGGAAUGGAUUAGGAUAGAUUAUCUUCUUGGGAGUAGAGUACUGAUGAGAAGUACCUCUCUGCUUGUCUUGUUGCUACCUCAAUCGUAAAACAAAUGUUUGAAUGGUUAGACGGAGAGAAGUAAGCCAUUAAAACAGAAAGAGCCACAUUGCGCAGACUACUGAAACAAGUAUGCUGCUGAAUCACUUAACAUUUGACAUUCUACUUCACAGAAGCUGCUCCAUAACUGCUUGAUGGACAAUCAUAAUGCUGUCAAAGUAUUACUUUGUGUACGUCUGCAGUACUUGUGGACUGAAUACAGUUUCCAGCCCACAGGUCAAGCUUUCUACAUGUGUUGAAGACAUAACAAAACAGUUUGUUUCAUUUCACAUGCCAUUUUAUUCACAGUUGUGAUGUUGGUACUGGUGACAUAGCAAGCUAGUGUGCAGUUAGAAGUGCGCUUUUAUGAUUAUUUUCUCCCUCUGGUGUACAGAAAUACCCUAAUAUUCUGAAUGCCACAUUAUCUUUUUAUGCCAGUGUAUCAUUAGUGUAUCUCUAAUUUUUUACAUCAAGCGGAUUUUGGGUGGCAUUCAAUUCGCUUUCUAUUGAAAUAAUUUGAGUUUUGAAAUAUACAUUCCAAAUACAGUCGAUGGUAAUGGUAAACAAGUUCACAGUGAGUUUAUGUUCAUCAUGACAGUCAAAUCCAGUCAAACAAAAGAUUUCUUUUGAGAAAUCGUAAAAAAUAAUUGCAGUUUCUGUUCUUUUUAUUGGAUGCCAAAUUGGUGUGCUGUUGUGAUCAUUUCACAGCUCUGUCCUGCUGUACAGAAAGGAUCAAUAGCUUAUUGUGGAGACCUAUUGUGAACUUUAAGCUAAAUGCAACAUUAUGUUUAGCAUAGUCCCUACCACAGUUUAACAUAUUGGAAGUGUCACAACCCUAGUGCAGUGUACACAGUGUAAUAAGCUACAGACUUAUGUACAAUAUUAAUUAACAGCCUGAUCUCUCCUUCUCUCUUGAAAAUGAGAGUUUGUGUAAAUGCCUAGAGCAGCCUUAAGUUUACUAAUAAGAGCACCACUUCGUUAAUUGGGGAGGUUUAAUGUCACAUAGUCUGAAACUGUUCCAGACACCUGUAAUGCUGCAUAUAUUGAAUGGUAGAGAGGACCACUUCUAUGCAAGGCCAGUGACUAAUCUAUGCAUUAUGUUAUGACCAAAUGAACCGUAAAGAAGCCCAGGACCUUUUCAGUUUACUUUGCUACUCAAAUGAUUUGUUCAACUCUGAGGAUACAAUGAGUGAAAUGAUUGCACAGAUUCUUUAUUUCACAGGAUGAAAGGAUCUACUUUUAUGACCUGAUUGAGGACAAGAUGUCUUAUUACACCUUUGAGAGACUGCUUUACCCUGUUUAUGGGUGUUUAAGCAAUGCCAACAGUAUUUGCUUGGACCUUGUAUCCUGCUAGCUAUGCCAUUGCCUUGUCUUAUGACAAAAAAGUAUCUUCUAUAGUGUGAUCGUUGUCACUUCAGGACACAGCCUGAUUUACAAGCACUACAAAAUAAACACCCUCAUUCUGUGGAAUACUA